UCAAUUGGGUCCUAUAACUUGUAAAAAUGAGGCAAUUAAGUCCUCUCCGUUAACUACUGACUAACUCCGUCUGUUACUGAUAAGUUGUAAUUUUUUGUAGCUGUCGUGGCAAUAUGUAUUAAUUUAUAUGGGUGUUGGUUGCCUUCCACAUGGCAAAGACGUGUUAUGCUCUUAGCCCUAACACUUAACAUGCCCUAACACUUAACAUUUGAAGCAACCCUAACACUUAACAUCCUCACAGAUUUCUGGAAGCAGUGGAAGGUUUGGAAGAAGUGUUCAGUUGAGGUGACGAAAUGUCUGGAUCAUCUUCUUCUUGCAAAUGCACGGGUUGGGGCUUUCAACAAAGUUCUGGUGGUGGAAGCAGGUUGGGAGCAAAACCUAGUUGCUAUUGUGGUUCGAAAGCAGUGUUCCGCAUCGCCAAAACCCCUAAGAACAAGGGCAAACGAUUUUGGGGUUGCCCUCACUUCAAGGGUGGGAGUGAAGAUAUAGGUGGAUGCAACUUUUUUAAGUGGUGCAAUGAAGAAGUCAUUGAUGAACGAAAUGUGGUGAUUCUUGAAGAAAGGAGUGCAAGUGCGAGAAACGACGAAGUGGGUGGAAGUAUGAUGAAGAUGGAAGAAAGAGAUGUUGAAAAGCUUAAAUUAGCUUCUUUGGAGAAAAGUCUCGUUAUUUUGGAGAAGGGCAUGAAGUUGUUAAUUGGGAUGAUGUUUGUCACAUGUCUGUUUAAUGUAAUUGUGAUUUCAAUGUUGAUGAAAGUAGGUUGAUUUCUUAGUAGGUUGAUGAAAGUAUGUUGA